UUUGUUUUAAAAAAAUUUGGAGAAUAGGUAAUCUAGAGGUUUCUUAAAAAAAAGUCAGCAACUUUUAUUUCUUGAAAAUUUCGAGUAUUCGCGCUGAACAUUUCAUUAACCCGCCUUAAAAUUUUUCCCCUCUUUUCUCUGUAAACCCCAAAAACAAAGUUCUCACUCCACUUUGCUAACUCCUCUUUUCUCUUGACGGUGACGGCGAAGGUGAAGACGAUGGUGAAGACGGCCAACGACAACUCCUAAGGACCUGUCGAACAGUCCAAGAUGUCGUAUAGACGUAGAGGUGGCCUGAAUGGGAGAGGUGCGAUCAUUCGAUCUCCAGGCUAUCGAAAUAGUCCUCACAUUACCAGUGAAGCGAUGAUUCAUGAGAUACCUUCUAAAGCUGCACCUCAUAUAACUCCAAGUACCCUGCCCCACACAACACUGAGUACACCAAAUCAAAUGCCUAACAUUCAAGCUGCUCCACAAACACCUGUGACCAAUGUAGCAGCAACAAUUUCACACCAAGAUGAGGUGCCUAAUUCUACAACUGAAGCAACAGUUCACCAGGAGCCCCAAACAACCCAAGUUGAUUCAAUGCCUAAUACAAGUGUAUCUGAUGAGACUGGUAACCCUGAAAAAAUUGAUUCAGUCCUGCAUCCUAAUGGUUUAUGGUUUGCCCAUCGUGAGGUGACUGAUAUUGUUUCCGAGACAUCAUAUAAGGCGUACUUUAAGGGACCAUAUUGCAAUUGGGCUAUGACUCCAUUAGAAGCUCGACGGAGAUGGUGGAAUGCUUUCAAGCAAGAGUUCUCAUGGGACCCAUCAAUAGCUAAGGAAGUUAAGAAGGGUUGGAAAUCAAAAUGUAGUAGGCGUAUUAGUGAUAUGGUGUCGAAGGUUUGCACGGAUCCUAAGUAUAAUGCUGACUGGUGCCCUCCUACCAUAAGGGAGGAGAUGAUUCAAAUUAGAAAAAGAAAGGAAUUCCAAGAAAAAUCAAAGCAAUGCUCAAAAAACCGAAUGGGCAAUGGAACCCAAAAAAUUCACCAUCGACAAGGGUCUAUAUCUACUGAAGAAGAGCGGCUGAAAUUGGAAAAAAAAUUGGGACGAAAACCAACAGCUGCUGAACUUUACUUCGAGUGCCAUGCAGAUAGUGGUGGUCGAUUUGUUAAUUCUAAUGCAGAAACAGUGUGGAAUAACUAUAAUAGUAAAAAAGCUGCAAAUCUUGAAUGUGAGACCGAGAAUCAUAAAACUGAAGAUGAGUUGUUCCUUGAGGCUGCUGGUGGGUGGAAUGACAAGGGAAUAUUAUUUGGUUUGGGAGCUGCUGCUGACUCAUAUUAUGAGAAACCAGUAACCAAAGAGAAGAGGGCAAAGAAAUCAAGAAGAGAGUAUGCAAUGGAGCUGGAAAACAAAUUUAUUGAUCUCGUUACGGAGAAUGUGGAACAACAGAAAGAGCUUGAUGCAACAAAAGAGAGCCUCGUCGAAACCCAAAAAAGUCUUGCCGAAACUCAAAACACUGUGAAGGCCCUUGAACAACAAGUGCAAAUGCUUCUCCAAUCUAAGAAAAUCUCAAACUCUGCAACAUCUACAUCCUCUCCUACUGAUGCAUGAUCAUCAAGUGCAAAUAACAAGGAUCCUUUUUAUAUAUUGCAUGUAAAGUCUCUAAUUAUUACAAUUGACAUGCUUCUAAUAUAGGUCUUAGUCUCAUGGUAGCAUAUUUUGGACCAAGUAUAUAGCAUUGGGUAUUAACUAAGUCUAAAAGGCUGCUUUUGUAUAUUUUGCUACUAACUCUAGCUUACAUGUUCCCUUGUAAGUUACACUGUGAACUUUGCCCUUAUGAUUUAAUGUAUUAAAUUUGUCUUUC